AUGAGUCUUCAACCCGUGAACCCUCGGCCGUUUUUGCAGGCUAGGGUCGGUACCGAUGUCAUUAUCCGUCUCAAAUGGGGCCAGACAGAGUACAAGGGCAGGCUCGAGAGCAUCGAUUCGUACAUGAACGUGUUGUUGAGGGAUACAGAGGAAUUCAUUGAUGGAAAGCCCACAGGAUCUCUGGGUCUUGUGCUUAUCAGGUGUAACAACAUUCUCUGGAUGGGAUCGGCGGAAAAUGUUGAAAUGACGGAUCUGGGAUUACGAUAA